CACAUAUAUUCAUAUAUUUCAGCAAGGAAAGUCUUAAGAAUUCUGAAAUCCCAACAUGUCGAUAAUAGAGAUGAUAGUUCACAUGGACUGUGCUGGUUGUGAAAGCAAGAUAAAGAAAGCUCUUAACAAACUAGAUGGAGUUGAUGAAGUUGAUAUAGACAUGUCCUUGCAAAAGGUGACUGUCAUGGGAUGGGUAGAUCAAGAGAAAGUUCUGAAGAGAGUGAGAAAAACGGGUCGGAGGGCUGAGCUGUGGCCAUAUCCUUAUAACCCACAACAUCAAAACUUUAUCCAACAUAAUUACCAGCCGCAGCAGCAGCAGUACCAUCAUAAGAGCCAAUCAGUAAACUAUUAUUCAAUUCCGUCUUCCUCUUCCUACAAAAACCGCAAAAAUGGCUAUGAUGCCCAAGACUAUGGUCAUUAUCAAGUAGUGCCUUAUAAUUAUUCGACAGUCGUCUAUGAUUCGCAGGCAAGCGCCAUGUUCAGUGACGAAAAUCCUCACGCUUGUGCUAUAAUGUAAUGGCAAUUGGCACAAUAGAUAUUGUAGUGUUUAUUCAUGUAUGUAUUUUCGUCGUUUUUUUAUGUACUUUUCCUGAGAAUGAAAGACACUAUAUGCUCAAUCCUUAUCAUGUAGCUUGAACUUUAAAAGCAACAGUUUCAAGGGAGCAUUUGUAUAGGUUAGUACUUGAUAGGAUGUAAUAU